AAAAGCGCACUGAUAGGCUCAAUGAGUGUACGUGCAUCACGUGACAUACCCGGAACUACAGCCACGUCGUCAAUGAGAGAAGGAACUGGAGAAAGAGGAAGCGUUUCAUUGACUGCACUUCACUACUUUUAUUACCCAGAAAACAAGACAUGAUGGCUCAGUUCCAGGAGGUGUCAAAGCAGUCCAGUCUGCACCCAAAGCCUCCAGGGUUAAAUUUGCAAUAUGGCACUGCUGGUUUUAGGACAAAUGCCAAACACCUGGACCACAUCAUGUUCAGGAUGGGACUGCUGGCCACUCUUCGCUCCAAAAAGACCAAAGCCACCAUUGGAUUAAUGGUCACUGCGUCACACAAUCCAGAGGAGGACAAUGGUGUGAAGCUGAUUGACCCCAUGGGGGAGAUGGUGAAACCGACAUGGGAGGGCUACGCCACACAGCUGGCUAACGCAGAGCAGGAAGAUUUGCUCAGUGCUCUGAAGGAUGUUAUAGAGAAGGAAUCCAUAAACAUGAGCCAGGAGGCUAACGUGUUUGUGGGCAAAGACACCAGAAGCAGCAGUGCAAGCCUUUCACAGGCAGCAUUGGAUGGAAUAUCUGCACUUGGUGGUCACAGCAAAGACUAUGGUUUGGUGACCACCCCGCAGCUCCACUACAUGGUUUGCUGUCAGAACACACAGGGUGAAUAUGGAGAAGCCACAGUGGAAGGAUACUAUAAGAAACUCUGCCAAGCUUUCAUUCAGCUCACAAAGAAUGCGUCCAAUUGCACAGAUGACCAGAAACAUCUUUCAGUGGACGGUGCUAAUGGUAUUGGGGCUCUAAAACUGCGUGAGAUGGAGAGCUACCUGAAGAAAGAGCUGCAUAUAUCACUGUUCAACGACGGCAGUAAAGGAAAGCUCAACCACCAGUGUGGGGCUGACUUUGUCAAAGUGCAGCAAAAGGCUCCCACAGGCAUUGAGAUUAACCCAGGGGAGCGUGGCUGCUCUUUUGAUGGCGACGCUGACCGAAUAGUUUACUACUACACAGACUCUGAAGGGCAGUUUCACCUGCUGGAUGGAGACAAAAUCGCUACUCUCAUCAGCACUUUCCUUAAAGAGUCUCUCACACAGGCUGGUUUAGACUUGAAGAUAGCGGUGGUACAAACCGCUUAUGCUAAUGGAAGCUCAACACACUAUCUGGAAGACACUAUGAAGGUAAUAGUGAGGUGUGCUAAAACUGGAGUGAAGCAUCUUCAUCACGCAGCCCAGGAGUUUGACAUUGGAGUAUAUUUCGAGGCCAAUGGUCAUGGAACUGUGUUGUUCAGUAAGGCGGCUGAAGAGAAGAUCCAGCAGCUAGCAGAGGACCCCAGCACCGACGAUGAGAGGAAGAGAGUGGCUCUCCUUCUGCAGAACACUGUGAACGUCAUCAACCAGACUGUAGGUGAUGCCAUUUCUGAUAUGCUGCUGAUUGAAGCCAUAUUAGCCAUCAAGAGUAUGACUAUCCAGCAGUGGGAUGCCAUCUACAGCGACCUGCCCAACAGGCAACUCAAAGUCAAGGUGUCAGACCGCAGGGUUAUUGACACAACAGAUGCAGAGAGACGGGCAGUGAGCCCAGCAGGACUACAGGAGGCCAUCGACAAUUUAGUGAAGAAGUACAAACAAGCCCGCUCCUUUGUGAGACCCUCUGGCACCGAGGAUGUGGUGAGGGUUUACGCUGAGGCAGAAACACAGGAGAGCGCUGAUGCCCUGGCACAUGAAGUCAGCCUUGCAGUGUAUCGUCUGGCUGGGGGAGUUGGGGGUGAACCCAAACCAUUGCACUAGAAACACAAAUCCACACGGCACUGACAAAUUAAUCUGUGAUAUUUUAAUGCAAUCCCAGUUGAUAGCAUCAUUUUCUAAAGUUGGAAUUUAUCAAAAUUGCUUCUUCCAGUGAGGUGCCACAUGAUUUUGUACUUUUAUUUGCACUUGGUACUCUAAUUUUCUAUUUCUUUGUAUUUGUCUGUUGUUGUCAAGAUUACAUCUCAUGUGCCAUACAUGAGAUUUAAUGCUACUCUUGGCUUGGUGUGGUAUCUUAAACAGGCUAUUAUGUGCCUAACAUUAAGGGUUUCUAUGUAAUGUAAAUAAACUAAUUUACUGGA